AAGCAUUCCCUUCCUCUCUUUCCUCAUCCUCUAUUCCUCUCCGUUUUCUGGCCUUGCCGGUAAACGUCUACCGUCGCCGGAAAACCGCUUUCUGUUUCCACACCUUGUUUUGCGCCUCCAGUUAAAGCUGGUCGCGGUCUUCCUAUUGACGCGUUUGCAUUCUCUCGCAAUUUGCUGUGGUAGCUCCUACCAGGCGUUGGAUCUCUCUGUGACGCGGUAUCAGCCUUGUAUUCGGCGUUCUUCGAGAAUGUGGCGAGCCUGGUUGUCGUUCAAGGCUCGCUCUUAAUCUGCAUCGUUCAGGAUCGUGGUUUAGGGUUUAGAUUUGGAUUUGGCGUUGCUAUUGUUUCUCGCGAUUCCUUGUUCUAGCUAACGAAGACGGAGGCCUACAGGGAGCGACUUCGUAAUGAAAUGGUGGAAAGAAGAGUGACUUUAUCAAAGGAAGCUAGAAAUGGGUUAGAAUUUUCGAAGCGCAAAAGGCUUCAACGUGCAAAAUCCGUCACUGCCACCCAGACAAGUAUUGCUAAUAUGAUGAACAGAAGCGGAGGAGAUGCUUUAAGUGCUUCAGCAUCAUGUGGCAUGAGAUUGCAUGGUAAUGCAGAUGCCUUUUUCAAGCGGAAGGUGGAUAAGUUUGAUACAAGUGAUCUGGAAUGGACUGAUAAAGUUCCGGAGUGUCCUGUGUAUUCACCAACAAAAGAGGAAUUUGAGGAUCCUUUGAUUUAUUUGCAAAAAAUAGCUCCUGAAGCUUCUAAAUAUGGUAUUUGCAAGAUUAUUUCGCCUUUGAGUGCUUCAGUACCUGCUGGGGUGGUUUUAAUGAAGGAGAAAGCAGGAUUCAAGUUUACAACUAGAGUGCAGCCCCUUCGCCUUGCUGAAUGGGAUACUGAAGACAAAGUCACAUUUUUCAUGAGUGGAAGAAAUUAUACAUUUCGCGAUUUUGAGAAAAUGGCAAACAAGGUUUUUGCACGAAGAUAUUGCAGUGCUGGAUGUCUUCCUGCCACUUACUUGGAAAAAGAGUUUUGGCAUGAAAUUGGUUGUGGGAAGAUGGAAACUGUUGAAUAUGCAUGUGAUGUUGAUGGCAGUGCCUUUUCAACUUCACGCACUGACCAGCUUGGUAACAGCAAAUGGAAUUUGAAGAAACUUUCAAGGUUGCCGAAAUCAAUUUUACGGCUCUUGGAAACAUCAAUUCCGGGAGUAACGGAACCCAUGCUAUACAUUGGAAUGCUGUUUAGUAUGUUUGCUUGGCACGUGGAGGAUCAUUAUUUGUACAGCAUUAAUUACCAUCAUUGUGGGGCAUCAAAAUCAUGGUACGGCAUUCCGGGUCAUGCAGCUCUGGAAUUUGAAAGGGUGGUGAGAGAACAUGUGUAUACUAACGAUAUUUUGUCAAGUGAUGGGGAAGAUGGAGCCUUUGAUGUUCUACUGGGGAAAACUACACUAUUUCCACCAAAUAUUUUGUUGGAGCAUGGAGUCCCUGUUUACAAGGCUGUUCAAAAGCCGGGGGAGUUUAUUAUAACCUUCCCUAGAGCAUAUCAUGCUGGCUUCAGUCAUGGUUUCAACUGUGGAGAAGCAGUGAAUUUUGCAAUUGGUGAUUGGUUUCCUUUAGGGGCUAUUGCUAGCAGAAGAUAUGCGCUUCUUAACAGGGUUCCUUUGCUGCCCCAUGAAGAACUUCUAUGCAAAGAAGCGAUGCUUCUUCAUACAUGCUUGGAACUUGAAGAUUCAGACUUUCCCUCUUCAGACUUGUUUUCUCAUAAUAGCAUUAAGAUUUCAUUUGUUAAUUUGAUGCGUUUCCAGCAUUGUGCUCGUUGGUUGCUUAUGAAAUCAAGGGCAUGUAUAAGUAUCUCUUCUCAUUCCCAUGGCACAAUUCUCUGUAGCCUCUGCAAACGUGACUGUUAUAUAGCUUAUGUUGACUGCAACUGUCACAUGCAUCCUGUAUGCCUACGUCAUGAUGUUGAUUCUCUUGACUUCAUCUGUGGGAGCAAACACACUCUUUAUUUGAGGGAUGAUAUCAUGGAUAUGGAAGCUGCAGCCAAGAUGUUUGAACAUGAAGAUGGGAUAUUGAAUGAGAUAAGCAAGCAAACCAAAAGUGACCAAAACAUGUAUUCAUAUCCUUUGUCAAACAUGUUUCAGAGAGCUGAGGCUAAUGGAUACACACCUUAUUGUGAGCUAAAACUUGACUCUGUUAUUGAAUUUUACACAACUCCAGAACACUCAACAAAUAACAAUCAACAAGAGUACAGUACACAGACUCAAUCUGUCUUCAGGCAUUGCUCUGAAAAUCAUAAGCCAGUUGUGUCUGAGGUUUCCUUUUCUUCGGCUGCAUCCACUCUUUGCUCUCUUUCAGAACCUCUCGAGAGCACAUUUGGUCCCAAAAAUGUUGAGGGGUAUACCGAUGCCAAUUCAGGCAUUGCUGAUUUUGAAGAUUUUGGUGAAAGAAUAUCCAACAGUGCAUGUGAAUCUUCAGUAUCCCCUGCUUUGUACCACGAAAGCUCAGUUAAACCGCAAGGUGAUGAUCUUCAGCGAUUUGACACAACGCCCAUUGUGGAUGAGAAUGAUGACUCUGAUUCAGAAAUAUUUAGGGUAAAGCGCCCUUCCUCUCUGAAAGCAGAGAGGAGAAGUAUGAAUGAUGCUGUGUCUUCAAAGAAUUCUGAGCAGCAGGGACUUAAACGACUGAAGAAAGUCCUUCCCGAAGGAAAAAGUGGGCAACCAAUGGGUUUAAGCCGAACCAAUGAAUCAAGUUACAAAUAUAGUCACCCUGUUAGCCAUAAAAUUGAUGGCGAAAUUUCCUCCAGAGACAGAUUUGCAAGGGGUAAUGGUAUUCCCGUUUCUAUAAGAUAUAGGAAGUUAGGCAACGAGGAAAUAAGUAUGCAACGAGAUCACCACCGGGGAGAGAGGUUGCAGCAAACUCUUAGGGAGCCGCCUUCCAUUGAGAUGGGGCCAAAGCGCCUUAAAGUUCGAGGCCCUUCAUUUUUAGGCUUAGAGAGCAGAUUGAAUUGAAGUUUCAGGUUGCCUCGUAUGAUUGCGGAACGCCAUCGAGAGUCUGACUUUGCUAACUUCAUUUAGCUUAUGGGCUUUCUAACAACACAGUAAAUCCAAAUGAUUGAUUGAGGAAGCAGCGGCAAGAUAUUAACCUAUUAGAAUAUGAAUUUACAUUCUUUGUGCAGACCUAACAUUUGGGCAUUCUGCACGGGUGGUGAUCCUUUGGGUUCUCGGGCCGAGGUGUUUUUCCAACUUUGGUUGGUGAACCUGACUUGCAAUGUUAGGACUUAGAAAUUGGGUUAGCGUCAUUUGUUUCUUUGUAAAUUGGUUUUCUUCGCAUCAGUCGUUUAGGUUUUCUUAGUAACGUGGGCGUCUCCAUUGUUUUCUCAUUAAAUUCUAUCAGCUGCUUCCCCAUUUAAUGUUAAUCCAUUCUUUUUGUAGCAACAGGUCCUUUGUACCUAGAACUACUUGAAUAAAGUUAAAGUAAAAUUCUCAUUUUCUC